UUUCGUGUUUAUCAUUAACCCAAAGCUGAGGAAAAAGUUGACAUGGAUGCCAAUAGUUGGAGGGCGGCGCAACCUCUUUCUCAGGCUCAGGGUGGUGACGCCACUGGCAUAGCAGCUGGGCCGGCUGCACCAGCACCGGCUUCAGGAGCCUUGGAGACGGGCGAUUGGCGGGCCCAACUUCAACCGGAUUCCAGGCAAAGGAUCGUUAACAAGAUAAUGGUAUCUUUAGAGCGACAUCAUCCAUUCUCCGGACAAGAGGGGCUGCAAGAACUUAAGAAAUUUGCUGUGAGGUUUGAGGAAAAAAUUUAUGCUGCAGCUACAAAUCAGUCAGAUUAUCUGCGGAAGAUAUCCUUAAAGUUGUUGUCAAUGGAGACAAAAUCAGCACAGAAUCCCAUGGCUAAUCCUCUGCAGGCUAAUAUUGCCAAUAGUAGUCAAAAUGUUCAAGGUAUAGGCAAUACUAGAUGUUUGUCUAGUUAGUGUAUGUUUGACAUAUCUGGAUGACCACUGACAGGGAUUCGUAGACUAUGGAUUAGGGUAGCAGGUAUGAUUGAGAGAAACUGGCAAACUGCUACGGGGUAUUUCAGAGCUUUCUUGGUUCAUUAGUUAGGGGUGCGUUAUGUGGACGUUUGGAGUACUUUGUUUACUUUCUUAUCUGCUUAUUUGCCUACCUACUUCUCUGUAUCCUUUUGACGUCGCUUUCUCGUUUCAUAGCUUGUCUUUAUUGCCCAUACAUUUUUGUAUACAGUUCAUGCUAACAUUCCAUUUGGUUGUCCUUUUCCUACUUCAAUUCAAUUUUUAAUGUAAAUCUUGAAAAUUAAAAAAAAAGCAUAAGAUUUUCAAAUUUAGUGACCUAACUCCCAAAUUUUCCUUGCCUUGAUUUUGAUGGAAACAUUUUCUCUAGUCCACAGGGUAGAUGCUCUCUCUAUCCUGGGAUUUUCAUGAGAUUAAAGUUUUUCAUAUGUUGUGGUUUAGGUUUUCCUUAACCCUUGCUUUUGAGAUGGACUUACUUGGGUAUGUUUGGUUUGUUUUUUACACAACUGCAACUACUUCAAAAUCUAGAUGGAAAGUGAAAGGCUAGAUGAAAGAUGUUAUUUUCUCUGUGCCGCUAAGAUUGUCUCAUCUUUCCUUUUCGGUCCAUCCCACUAAGAUUGUCACAUACUAAAUUUGGUAAAAUUUGUGUGAUUCUAAAUCAUUUUAACAUUAUUCUUACUUUAUCGAUUCAAUAUCUACCUCAUGUACCAAUGCUAGUGGGAAGGAGAUAGUAUAAUACUAGAUGAUGAUGAAAUGCGAGAUGACCUGAAAAAAUAUGUUCUACAAGAUUGGAUAAAAAGAUAGAUGGAGUAUGUAUAGUGACCUAAAAAGAUGCUACCUUUGUCCCUUUCUAGAUAGCCAUCUUUAACUUUUGUUGUCGAUAAAUUCCGAUCAAUCCUUGUUAAGUUGUUAGUAAUAUACUUUUGCGAAAAUUAUAAAUUUUAAACUUUGAUGAUCUUACUAUGCCAGAUUGUAUGGUAAAUUGAGAUUUUAUGACAAUGAUCCUGAUGACAGAAGUUACAAAGGAUUUGAAAAAGAUGGGUGGAAGAAACCAGUGAGUUCACAUGGCAUAUCAAUCAAGACCUCAAGAUAUCUGGGAGAGAAAUGCAUCGAGUGUUUAACACAUUCUUGAACAUGACUCGGAGUAACAACAAAAUGGAGUAAACUUAGUUCAUUUACAACACUAAAAAGGCUCCAAUUUGAUCGUCUUUUAUGUUUAGUUUAUUAUUAAAGCCAUGAAUUCUAAAUAUGGUGUUUUGUUUUUGUGAAAGAUGACUUUGUUUUGGUGAAUCAUGGUUUUUUAUGCAUUUGGAUCAAUAUGAUGUUACAUUAUAUCAUAUUUGGUAAUUAUAGAAUAGUGUAUGCGAUAUUAUUUAAGUAAUGCGCUUCAUCCGAGUCA